UCAACCAUCCUCUCAAGAUUACGAAGCACGAAAAAAGAUUUGACCAGCUCAACACCUUACACUCCUGUUAGUUGUGGGCCCAUGAUGCCUUAUGCCCCCUUGAAACAGCAGUUCUUCUAAGAUUAUUGCGUCCACCAAGCUAUGUCGGGAGGCGCGUCCACGGAGACGGCGCGCAAUGAAGCAUUACUUCCUACGAACAAGGCCGCAGUCGGUUCCGCGCAUAAUGUCGAGCUCAAAGACAUGGCUGCACAGCCGACGCCUUUACCGAUUGAGGAGGACAUAAUGCAGCUGGCGAGACUGGGCGAGAUUGGCGCUAUUCAGAAGCUUUUUGACGCUGGGAAGGUUGAUGCGACGUACGUCGAUGAUCAAGGCAUCACGCCCCUUCAUUGGGCAGCAAUAAACAAUCAUUAUGCGCUAUGUCACUUCCUCAUACAAGCUGGAGCGAACCUGAAUGCGAAAGGUGGCGAUGCCGUGGCUACACCCAUCCUAUGGGCUGCGAAGAGAUGCCAUUACUACAUCGUCAAUCUCCUUCUCCAGCACGGCGCUGACCCUCUCCUUACCGACGAUCAAGGCUUCAACCUUCUCCACUCCGCGACCUUGGACGGCAACGUCUUCCAGCUCGUGCUACUCCUUCACCAAGACCUACCCGUAGACAUUCCAGACAGAGAAGGGCACACCAGCCUAAUGUGGGCGUGUUAUAAAGGUUUCCCGGCUUGCGUGGAUCUAUUCUUAAGAUGGGGCGCAAAUGUCUCUUCCAAGGAUGAUCAAGGCUUCACUGCUUUACAUUGGGCUCUCGUCAAAGGGUCGCAAGCCUGCAUUCAAAAGCUCGUCGAGUACGGAUCUGACCGCUUCGCGGAGAACAACGACGGGAAGACACCCGCGGUCACUGCACAAGAGAUGGAUACAGAGCGACAAUGGCACAAAGCGCUAUCUGAAUGCGGAUACAAUGUCGAUGGCAGUCCGAAGCACUUCCCGCUUGCGAAUUACAUCAAGGACAGGAAGGCGUUCCUGUCGCAACUUUUUUUCUUCUGGCCAUUCUUGAUAAUAAUAUGUGCGUUGUAUAUUUUAAGCACUUUUUCGGUGGUAGUAGCGGUGCCUUUGACACUUAUCGUUUCAUGGGGACUGCAGUGGGUGGUGCAGCAGGCCUUGAGAUGGGCACCAUCAGACAUGAAAACGAUACACAAGACUCCUUUUCUUGCGGGCAUCUUUGCCGGUACAUUGUUUUGGGUUGGGUUACGAUAUAUUACACGCAUACUUCUCUGGACGUUGGACUCAUGGUCCAACAUUUUUAAUAAUGCUUUCUUCAUGGCGUCUUACGGCCUUUGCACGUACUUUUAUUUUACGACUAUGUUUGAAGACCCUGGUUAUGUCCCAAAGCCUGGCAGUCGUCAGGUGCAGAAGGCCGUUAUCGAGGAACUGAUGGAGCUACGACUAUUUGAUGAGAACCAUUUUUGUACACAAUGUAUGGUGCGGAAGCCAUUGCGUGCGAAGCAUUGCAAGAGAUGCAACCGCUGCGUAGCGAAGACAGAUCACCACUGUCCGUGGGUGAACAACUGCGUUGCAGUCAAUAACCAUCGGCACUUCGUGCUCUAUAUCUUGACCCUUGAAUUAGGGAUUCUGGCCUUUGUCAGACUUGUUUUAGCCUACCUCAGCAAUAUUGCGACCCCCAAGAAUGUCCAUUGCACCAUUCUAGCGGACGAAGUCUGCGGCAUUCUUAUGAAGGACCCCUUCACUAUCAUCCUCACCCUUUGGGCCACCCUACAACUUACUUGGGUGACGAUGCUGACCUGCGUGCAAUUACUCCAAAUUGCGCGCGCACUCACGACCUGGGAAGCCAUGCGCGGUCACACGCACACUCAUGGCACCGGCGAUACUCUGACCGCUUUCGUCACAACCGGCAGCACCACCGCCGAAGGCGGCGCAGUCAGUAGCUCAGGCUCAGGGCCCGACGCCGCAAACGCGCAUCGACACCCGAAACACGGCAUGUGGGAGACGUGGAAACGACUGCUAGGUCUAGAUACAUUCAUUGCUACAGCGCUACAUGGAAGCCGGGCUGCAGAGGUGCAGGCGCAAGCUGCACGGAAUCCUUACCAGCGCGGCCUUGUGACAAAUUGCAAGGACUUCUGGCUUGACCCGGCGCCGAUCUUUGGGCGACGGCAUGAUGGCACGACGCUGCUGGGUGGUGAGAAAGUGGAUUAUACUGCGCUGUAUGAGCUACCUGGGCGCAUGCGGAUGAGGAGGGAGGAGAGGGACGGAGAGGAGACGGAGAGACUGGUUGGGGGGAGUGAUGAUGCUGUGUAGAUGUAUGUAUGA